AUGAAAGGGGAACAGCUAUUUUUGAUGGAGUUUUUAGUAGAAAAAGUCAAUAUUCCGGCAAUACGGGCAAUACACGAAGAGAUUUUGCCGGCUAAAACAUGCAUCUCGUUUCAAAUAUUGAAUCUGCCUCCUCUCAAUAUUUAUCAAGAAUCACCAAUGAAAGCUUGCGCCUGUACCGAAGAUGGACCGCAAGUCUUCAAUAAGGGCAAAUCCUGCCUAUUCGCUCUUGCAAACGCUGUCUUACAGAAACCAUUAUACAGUUUUCCCAUAACAAUGUCCGUUUAUAAGGAACUGCCGCCAGGAGUCUUGCCGGACGUGAUGUUAAUCGGCACUCAUCAGAUUCAAGCUCACGAUCUUAUAAACUCGAUAUUGAACCAACAGCUCUACCAGAUCGGUAGCGUUUGCAAAACGCUCAAGAAUACUUUUAAGAUUACCACGGCGACAGGACAAUGCGUGGGCAAGGUCACGGUUUUCAUCCGCGUCUCGUGCUUUGGCAGGAAGAUUGUCACGCAAUUUCAAAUUCCCCACAAUAGAAAACCUUACCUCUUUAAGAGCGUCGACGACGGUCCUGUAUUUCAGUGCAAGAGGAUCACUUCCGCUUCGGACAGAGAACGGAUGAAGUGUCCGUGUCCUCCGAAAAAGAUCGGUGACGGCAGUGGAGAGGCUGCGAAAUCCUGUUGUCCCGAUGAACGUUGGCGAAAGGAACGGACGAAGGAUAUCGAGAGGAUGAAGUGUUCACCGUGUUGUACGCGACAAGUACGAGACAGGAGCAAGGAGACUGUUGUCAGGAAGUGUGGCUGCAUCGUCAAGGAAGAACGGACAUGUAGCUUUAAAAAUUUUUGAAAUGAAUAGGAAUUGUUGGUGGAAUAUUUUUUUUUUUUUCAAACAUCAACAGGCUAAAGACAUACUCGAGCGAAUGA